AUGCAGGCUGCAACAUUCGCUAGUAACAGACCGGGCGUUCUCGUGGUGGGCGGAGGUGGAGGAGCAGGGAGAAGCGGAGUCAAAAACCAAAUUACAGCAUACGACUUUACUUCACGAGCGCCGACUAUACAAUCUUUCGCGGAGAUUGAAGCAAGCAAAGACGAUUCAAUAACUUGCUUGGACAACCUUUCCACAAAAGAUGGCCUAAUCUUGUUCGCUGGAAAUGGUAGUAGCGAGGAGGAACGGUUGAAGGGCAAUAACGAACAUUUGCGGGCGUUUGAAUUGAAAUAUCCAAAGAGUGCCGAGAAAACAGAUGGAAAGGUCGAUUUCGUCAGUAAGACUCAGCUCUUCAAGACACCCAAGUCGGACGGAGGUAAAAAGGAAGGCUACCAGCGGAUUGCCAAACUAUCCCCAGCACGUCGGACGACGUCCAGUACACCCAGCAGGCGAAUUGGCGCGAUCGCGUCCAGCCUCGCAGGAGAUGAGAAUGAGAUUGUCAUCUUUAGUGCAACCUCGACUAAACCAGCCGAUCAAGAUGUAAUAGGACGAAUCGAUCUGCAUCAAGGCCAAGAAGCAAACGAUCUGGAUAUCUUUACGCAAGAAGAAGGAGAAUUCCGGAUAGCCUACGUAACGGAUUCAAAUGUCUUUGUCCAGGAUGUGAACUGGGACUUCGAUCAGAGGAAGACUAAGGGCAAAAACGAACAUAGGAAGCUCUACACAAUACCUCACGUUGAGAAAGGCGCCAAGAGUAAGCUGAGAUGCGUACGGUGGCUUUCGUCGAAACACCUAUUGUUGUUGAAGAAUUUGCCCAACAGGACCGGAGUCGAGCUGCUCCUCAUACAUCUUUAUGAAGACGGCCCGGCAAGCGUCGUUCUGCGGAAAACACUGCCCAAGCACGUAAAAGCAGCAACAGAUAUGGACGUCAGCUUGCUUGAUGCCGACGAAGACGGCGCCUACCAGAUUGCAAUUGCGGUCGCAGCCAUUGAUAUAUCCUUGACCGUCUAUACAAUGGACUACCACGGGCCAGCAAGAGAUUCUUUGAGCUCGUUCCAUGCAUUCAACAGCUACGAUAAUGUUCACGAUGUGCAAAUGACGAAAGCCGUCUUCUCGCCAUUCUACAAGCCAGAAGUGUCCACUGGCCGCCAAGCUCCACCCCAGUACUUGCGUCUGGCAAGUACGUCGUUGGGAAACACGAUCAGCGUGGAGACCUUUCAGUUGCAAUAUACCGGAUCUCGCUAUGUGCUCCAGACAGCGCGUUCGAGAAACUUGUUCACAGCGGCUACCUACCUCGUCGGGGCCAUGAUGGUGGCAGUCAUUGCUCUACUAAUACAGUCAUUGGUGGACCCAGAGGGCAAUCUUACGAAGGGCAUACUACCUGCCAGUCUACAGAACGCGGCAAGCCGACACAAAAGCUUUGGCGAGACAUUGCGCGACAAACGCCACAACGCCAUUCUCAAUAACGCUAAUUCACCAGUGGUCAAGACAUCGCAUCGCAUCGCCGACUUACUACACCUUCACCUCCCUCAUGUCAUCUCCGACACCAAACCAUCGGAGCCUUCAGGUCAACAAAAGGCCCUCGUUAUACAUCACGACCCAGAGUCUGACGGUACUCUUAGCACAGAAGUUCAUGCUGGAGAUGAAGAUGUUUUGAAGAAGCAUGCCGCCGCUCGAAAGUGGGAGGAGCUCAGCCACGAGGAGAGGAAUCAAUGGAAAGAGAAGCUGAGCGAUGCCGGCAUGUGGGCUGUGGGUGAAGGCGAAACUAUCCUGAAGUCGAUAUUCUUUGGGCAGCUCGGUGGAGCAAUCGGCCAUGCUGUUGAGGGCGUAUUGGCUGGCUAG